UACAUUUGAAUAGAUUGCGAUCUUAAAGUGCGGAAAACGUUGAAGGAAAGCAUGGAGCAACAAGUAAAUAGCGAGAAAUCCGAUACUGAAGUGAACUCGAUAUUAAACGAUCUACAACUUCCAAAGAAGUUCAAAUACCUCAAUGAACUCACCUUCCAAGAGAAACGAGACUUCCUCGACUCCUUCGAUGUAAUAUUUUGCGAUUGUGAUGGCGUCAUUUGGGAGUCACUGCACGAUGUGUUGCCCGGCGCGCCGGAAGCGAUCGAUUAUCUCAAGCAACAGGGAAAGCAAGUCAUCUUUGUCACAAACAAUAGCAUAAUACCCAUUGAAGUGCAGUUAAGAAAAUUUCAAAAAUGCGGUCUUGACGUGAAAAAGUGCGAUAUUGUGCAUCCAGCACAAACCAUAUGCGAUCACUUGAAGUCCAUACAAUUCGAUGGUCUUAUCUUUUGUCUCACUUCGACCGCUUUUAAGUCAUUGCUGAGUGACGAGGGCUUCAACGUAGUGGAUGAGUGCGUCACUUUCAUUGAAAGUCUGGACGAUUUGCGUGCUGCCAUCUACAGCGAUGACCCAGUGAAAGCAGUGAUUAUUGAUGUCGAUUUUAAUCUUUCAGCGUCAAAAUUAAUGCGUGCACAUUGGCAUUUGAAAAAAAAUCCAGAAUGUCUGUUUAUUGGCGGUGCAGCCGAUACGCUAAUCACACUGGACGGAAAAGAUGUUAUAGGUCCUGGCCCCUAUAUUUCAGUGGUUGAGAACACAUCAAGGCGCCAGGCAUUAAUUUUGGGCAAGCCCGGCGUAGCCUUGCGCGAUGCCUUGAUGCAAAAACAGCACCUCAAAGAUCCGCAACGUGGACUAUUUAUCGGCGACAGUCUUGUGACGGAUGUGCGCUUCGGUAAAAUGUGUGGUUUUCAAACUUUAUUGGUACUCAGCGGCAGCUCAACGCGAGCGGAUUUGCAAUCAAAGUUACCGGAAAUGGAAACUCCAGACUAUGUGAUUGACUGCCUGGCCGAUUUGAAUGGAUUAUUUACAUAAAAGAUAUUAAUUAAAAUCUUACCUUUUGUUAUAUUAUUUUUUUGUUUUUGUUGAAUAAAAUACUUUUUAUUGCAA